GUCCCCGUACCACCGACCAAACGCGCACUUUCGCACACGCUUUCUACGCCGCAACCAGAAUUCCUGACCAUCUCCGCGUUUCCUUUACUCUCCCUUCUACGUUGCAAUAGGACUGUGCAAAGGCUUUUCCCCUGCACAGCCACCUCCACACAUCCCACUACCUCACCACCCCAGCUUUAUGCAGAAUUGGCCUACCGAGUCAUUAGAACAACCUUCGUCGACCAACCCCCGAGAAACCCUUCCUCCCAUUCAAGAUGGCUUUUUUGAUCAGCAGCCUUGCCGGCCUGCCCAGCUGCACCGCGCCGGUGGCUCGGGCAGCGCGUCACCUCGUCGUUCGCCAGAUAGAGGACAGCCCGGCUCAUCAAGCAAUGGUGUCAAUGCCGACCAGCUCGGUGAACAAUUACGCAGAUUGAGCGUCGGCAGUGGCCACUCCACUGGUCGUCGAAGCGUACCUGGUCAGCGCAUCAUUGAUUAUGAAAACGCCAUGAUCCCGUCAGUCCCUAUUGAGAGCUGCGGCUUUAAGGUCGUCAAGCGAGUAGGACCUGCGUCCCGAGGCGUGCAGUUGACAGACUUCCCAAACGAGAUAUUGACCCACAUCCUGUCGCAUCUUCAUCCCGACUCUCAAGCGUCUGUGGCACUGGUUUCGAAGCGGUUUUACUCCCUUAUCACCAUGCCACACGUAUGGCGAAUGGCCUUCUUGCGAUACUUUUCGGGGCACGAGAGCAUGAACUUGCUGAAAUCCGAAAAGCCCGGCUCUGGUCUUCGCAAGCAGGAACACACAGAUAUCGUGCGGUCCGAGACGCGAUAUUUUGCUCGUCUGACCUCCCUCGCAACUUGGCGUAGCGAAUAUCUGCUUCGCACCCGUCUUCUUCGUGGCCUCGUACGCGGCAAGCCAGGCUCCGCCUUGGCCUCUGGGAUAGGCGCUUCAACUAGGACGAGCAGGAAGCUCAGUGCCGUCCUGACAUACAACUCUAAGCUGCCAUGGGCUGUAACCAACCUUGAGGUGGUAUUUUCUUCCAACGGCAAGAAGUCUCCGCGAGCUGUCCACGGUUCUGCUGAUUUAGGUGUCGGCACCAUGAGCGAUCCCACUCUUGGGAAAGCGGAAAAGUGGGGGUUUGACGACCCGUUCACGACUCAACAGCUCGAUGAGGCAUUUCCUGACCUCGAGCCGUACGGAGUGGGAGAAGGCCCUGCCGCUGGCCCUAAUGUCAUGGACGUCAGCAGUCACUAUGGAAUCCUGUCGGGGGAAGGUUUUCCAGGCGGUCGUGCAUACUAUCGGUCCAUACACGAAAAGUGCGGUCGAUAUCUGGGUCACGGCACAGCCGUCGUAGACACCUACGCGGAUAUUCCAAAGAUUCCAGAAUUGUCCGAAGCCAUUUCUAGCGUCUGGAUCGCCAAGUCGUCCGCUGCUACGUCCGCAACCCAGUCGAUGGUGGGCAUGUUGACGGGCUCGACCUUGGGUGUUGUGACGUCCUACGCCCUGGGCUGUGAUACAAGCGGGGCGCUGUUCUCUAACGGCGACAUGACGGCACGAUGGGUUCUUAGCCCCGGGGUUCCAAUCAUUGCCCUUACGGUCGACGAUCAGUACAGCCAAAAACGGAAGACAGCCAUGCGCGUCUGGGCAGUAGCGCUAAACGCACUCGGCGAGGUGUUUUAUCUCACGGAACCACUUGUUCCAAAGCUUGACCGUGCCAAGGGGCAGGAUAGCAUAAAGAACGCCUGGCAUGCUGGUCGCUCUGUCUACUGGCACUUGGUAGAGCAAACUCGCCGCCGCGCUCGCACCCAUGACACCGACAAAAACGUGAUCAAGGGAACGUACUCGCCUCGAUCGCCCGCGGACGCGAUGAACCUGAGCAAGGAACAGCUCGUCGCCGAAGCUCGCGAGAUGGAAAAGUUCCUACGUCACAAGCCAUCGCAUUUCCGAAAGGCGUGCGACGGAUGGGACAUGCGGAGGAGGCUCGAGGUGGAUUUUGCCAAUGAUGAUGGGGCUGGCGCGGGAGAAAUUGUUAUCGUCAUUGCAUCUGGAUGGGAGAAAGGCCCGGGGCCCAGUGUGACCCGGUACAUUCGAUCGUUGACGCCGCCGAGGACCGCGGGCGUACUCACUCCUGCGCCCACUCGUGCAUCCACUCCUGGACCACCAGCCACCCCGGCACAUUCUCUUCCGGUCAAGUCUAUAUUCGGCGGCGAUGAUAGUCUGGCUUCCACGCUAGCUGCGACGGUAACUGAGACUGACGGCGGUUCAUCUACCCCGCGAGGUUCGCCAGCUCAGAUUCCAGCGGAUGGGGUGAGUGACUGGGUUGUCACCACGCUGGGCCUCCUCGGUCAUAACAAAAGCGAGCUCACCGCGUCAGCUCUGGAUUUGUCGUUUCAUGCCGUCCUGACACAUGCCGAGGAUCCGCUCUGGGACACCGGCAAGAUUUCUACCCCGAUGGCUGCCACGAGCGAUACCCCCCCGACAAGUGCCACCGCUACACCCCCAGAGAUCCCAGGCAGGAGAGCCCGUAUGUGUGCUGUGGGUACAAAGACUGGGUGUGUUCUCGUCUGGAAUGUUCGAGAACCGAGUCUUUCGUCUGCGCGACUCGACCCCGUUCGCGUCAUUCAAACCGAAUCACCUGAGAUCUCAUGCCUGGCUUUGAACGGCUUGUAUCUUGUCCAUGGGGGAAGCGACGGGUUGGUCCAGGCCUGGGAUCCGUUGACGUCAACGCAAGAUCCACUCCGCACCCUCAACGCGCGGCCGUCCGGCAGAGUGCCCCGUCACAUGCUUACGAUGAAUCCGGCCCUGCGCGGCGAGGAUUACUCGGCAGCGAGAGCCAUCGCACUUGACCUAGACCCGACCAUUCUCAGGGGCGUUGUGUCUUUCGGCGCCUUCCUGCGUUACUGGACGUAUAGUGCUACGGGUCAGUCUCCCGGACGAAAACGCCGAUUGCGCCAUUCCGACGUGCACGGUCGUCUCGCCAGCCGCCGACAGGGCGGGAAGGUUGCUGGUUACAUUGCGGCCGAAACUGCCGAGCUCCGUCGCGAACAAGAGCACCAAAGCCGUGAACUAGCUAGGCUGCGCAACAGAUUUGGUGUCGGCGGACUGACGGAGGAAGAGGCUAUUCGGUAUGCGCAGAUGAUUUCCGAGGAGUCUUUCAUGCUCGAUGAGCAGCGGCGCACCAGUGCCAGCGACACUGGAUCGGCAGCCGAUGCGAGCUUCGACACGGCUUCGUCGUUUAGCGAAAGCACGGCGUCGACCAUGACACCCGAGCCCAGCGUGACGGGGGUUCCCGGCAGCAGCACCUUCAACCCUCCUCCAACACUGGAAGAAGAAGAGAGCGAGUAUGAAAUGCAAGUACAGCAGGCAUUGCGUCUAUCUCUGCUAGAAGGUGUUGAUGGUCAGGGCCGACCCCCUCGCGGCAACGGAGCCGGGGACUACGAGGUCCCUAUCACGUACAAGACGAAGCCUACCGGGAAGGGAGCCAGGUCGAGUUCGAUGUCGACGUCGGCAUCGCCCUCGAAUGGCCACUUGAUGAUGGCAGUCAAUGUCGGCUCGUCCAGCAGCAACACUGCCAUGACUCAACAAGAGGAGGACGACCUCGCGUUGGCCAUUGAACUCAGCCUCCAAGAGCAUGGAACGAUGGUUGAUGACGGAAACGUCAGAGACAGUGCCGUUGACGAAGAGGAGUUUCCUGCUCUUGACGUCUCGGGUAAAGGCAAGGGGAAAGCGAGGGUCUGAAGGGGUGGUUCAGAACAGCAGGGGUUUUUUUUUUUUUUUUUUUUUUU